UCAUGUGGAAAGCUACCUUACAAAAACUGAGGUAGUUUUUCCAUUAUCCCAGAGGUUUUCUAGCCGCAUGAAGGCUUUGGUGAAUGCUCCAGGAGUUAAACUCUGUUUGUUCUCCACAAAAUGUGCUUAGGUCAUAAUUUUCUUUUUCUUCAAGCAAGGGGAGGGCGUUUGAGUGUUGCUCCAGCCCAGCCUUUUAAAUAAUGUUUUGUAGACUGGGAGAUCUGCAAAAGCCAGGCAUAUUGUGCAAUGUACCUGUUUGGAUGCAGAAGUUUGUUUGCUUACAACAGCUGCUCACGGUGUGGUGUUAACAUCUGUAAUAUGGGACAAACACUAAGACAGUAAGUUAAUGCAAGAAGUGGACAAGUUGAGAAGAAACUUGUUUCCAUCUCCUUCCUUUUCCUCUUGCUUUGUGCUGUUGUUGAAGCCAGAAUGGGUCAACUGUGUGGACGAUGCAUGCAGCUGCUGCGGGACUUCAUGGCCUUUGUUCAGAGGAUGUCUUCUGACCUCGUGCAGGGCAUCAAGGAAUGCCUAACUCUGAUAAGCAAAUGCUUCUGCUUAAAACAAAACAGCUCUAAAGCCAGGCAGUUGUACAAACCCAUCCUGCAGCCUCAUGAGAAGGUGACAGCACAGGAGUUUCUGCAGCAUAUUGAAACAGGUUUUGAAAUGUCACCCCGUGGAAAGGACCCUCUGGAAGCCUUGAGGACCUUAGCCUUUUCAGAAAAUGCAGGUUUACAGCAGUCUGCUGCCCUCUAUUACUUGCAUAUGAGUCAGCACAUGAACAUCUCCCUGCCUGUGGAGCAUCUGGAACCCUUCUAUGCGUUACUAAGGUCUGCUGACUUGGAGGUGCAGCAGAUGACUUCUUUGUCCCUUGUAAACUUCUUGCUGGAAGGAAAUAUUGACAAAGAAUUAGUUGUCCAAAUGGGUUUACUUGAGCCAAUUCUGGAUCUGCUUGAGUCAGAGGAUGCCACUGUCCAGUGUAAUUCCUGUGCCUGCAUCAUGACUUUGGCUGUUUCAGAGUCCAACCGAGAGGCUAUAGGUGCUGCUCAAGGAAUUACACCCCUACUGUCUCUUGCCAAUUCCUAUGAUCCUAGAGUCCAACAAAAUGCAGUUGGUGCUAUUCUCAACCUUACACAAUCAGAGAAAAUCCAGCAGGUCCUAUGCAAGGAAGGAGCCCUACCAGUUCUUGCCUUGUUGCUGGAAUCUCCUGACUCAGAAGUGCAGUAUUACAGCUGUGCUGCUCUGAGCAAUGUGGCAGCCAACGUUCAGUACCAUGAAGCCAUGCUGAGACCCAGCAGCAGAUUCCUGUUGCGGACACUUAUCUCUCUCCUAUCCUCUUCUGUGGACAAGCAGGUUUCAAGCCAGGCAUGUGUUUGCCUACGGAAUUUGGCUACCAGUGUGGACAUCCAGGCCGAGAUGGUUGCUGAGGAUGUCCUGCCCAAGCUGUGCGCUCUCCUGGCUUCUGGCAAUGAGGAUGUGCGUCGAGCCUCCAUCGCUCUACUCUGGAUACUGUCUGAACACCCAUACAACCAGGACACUCUGGCAUGUGCUGAGCUGCUACAGAGCCUGGGGAUGCUACUACUGGCACAUAAAACAGACCCUGUGAUUGUUGGCCAUACUGCGUGUAUCAUCAAAAACCUGAGCCUUUCCAAAAACAGACAGAGAAUUGUUGAGAGCCCAUGUGUUGAAGGUCUCCUCCAGACCAUGCUUUCCACCAAUACGGAAGAAGACUCUCUUCAUUAUGUGAUGUCCUGCCUUGCUGAGCUGGCAAAGCAAGGAGCCACAUUACAUAUGGUCCAAUGGAUGGAUGAACCCUUGACAAAGUGUUUGGUGAGACUGGCUGGCCAACUGGAACAUACUGAGCCAUCUUUUCAAGCUGCCUCUAUCAUCCAGCACAUGAUAGGUCAUGAAAAAAUGAUGCUUUUGUUGAAGAGGCAUGUGAGAGAUAUUCAGGCCUACCUCAAGAAUUUUCUUACCCAUCGAGAGAUCCGCUUUCAGCAGCUGGGCAUCUCCACAUUCUGCAGACUGCGAGAAGAUCCAGAAUUUUUGUUAGAAUUCAGAGAAAGCCAAAUGGCCAAACUCCUUGAGCAAGUCCGCCAACAAACAGAAGAAACUCAAGAGCUCCUUAGGGCAGCUAUUUGCCAUGAAGAUAGUUAAUAUUUAAGCCAGAUAGCUUAUGAGAACUUACCAAAGCCUUCAGAACUUUCAGAGAAGACAACUCAUUUCAUUGCUUCCUGUAGUUUAAGGUUUCCUGCUACUUACAAUUUCAUCAUACAAAGAGAUGUUCUGACAAUAAAAAACCAAGCAGGUCAAAGGACAAUCCCUUGUACACUUUGGCUGGCUGCUGAAGUGUGCUUGAGGACUAUGGCUACAUUCCUUGCAAAGGGUUUGGAAACACACAUUAUGCUUGGGUAAUCCUCCAUGGUUUGUUUUUUGUUUCCUCACCCCCACCUCCAAAAUAACAGCGCUGUAUUCCUGAGGUUUUAUUUAUGUAACAGGUGGAUUCUUCUGAAGAGGCAUUCUCAAGUACACAAGUUACUCUGCAUUAAUCUUUAUUUUGUUUCUGUUCCAUGUCCUUUAUCUCAGAGCACACUCCAGGGUCUUGACUUUAGAAAAUAAUUGAGUUAACAUACAUAGCAAACUACUAACAGGUUACUACAGAGAGUAACUGCUGAAGGACAACUCAGAAAUUGAAAGCAAUUUAUAAGAAACUAGAAUAGGGCAAGCCUUAGGGCUGAUCCUUGCCUACAUUGUAGGCAGUAAACUCCAGAAGAGCAAAGGCACACUGAAGCAGGUCAAUGUUGCAUAAAGCAUGCCCAGCAUAUAGCAGCUACCAUUGAUUUGGGUGAGAUGUGUUUGAAUACAGAAAUCUGUGCUCUGCAAUGGUAAAUUAUUUCCAAAGGUACUUGCAACCAGGCAAAAGUGAAGAUAUUUGGUAAAAUUAAAAAUUGAUCUCAUAUAUUCUUUCAUUAAUACUUUUUUUUUUUUAAAUACAAAAAUCCUCCUGGAGCUUCAUGUUGAACUGGCUGGAAUGCUGAAAUUUUGGAACCACUCUUACAGCAAACAUCUGCUUCCAGAUAGCAUUUUCUUGUUAAAACAUUUCAGAAGAG